AUGCUUACUCAAGACGAAGAAGUGGAGGCAGAAGUCACUUGGGAAGAUCAGCAGAACAUAAAUUCUUUCAGUAAAUUGAAUUCGAAAUUUUCAGAUUUAGAGGAAAUGUAUGAAGCGAAGAAGCAAGAAAAGGAAUUUCUAGACGAUUUAGCAUCCGAGCUCGAACUUGCUGAUGAGACUGAACUUGUCAAGUACAAAAUCGGUGACGCCUUCAUUUCAAUCCCAUUGGAGCAAGCACAGGAGCGUAUCGAACGAGAUCAAAAUUUGAUAUUGGAAGAAUUGAAUAAAUUCAAAGAAGAAAUGGAUUCUUUAACUGAUCAGAUGGGAAAACUGAAAAGUCUUUUAUAUGGAAAGUUUGGCAAAGCAAUUAAUCUGGAGAAAGAUUAA